CGUGCACGGAGCAGACAAAUCUUUGCUCUGCUUUGUGUGUAUGUGUGAGUGUUUGGGGGAGUGACUGGGAAGUAGCACUAGUCUGUUCUUCGCAUCCUGUUUUGAAAGUGCAACGCCGCGUGUGCCUGUUGUGUGUGCGUGUUGUGUGUCUGCGAGGUGUGUUCGUUAGGACGAGUUCAAAUAUGAAGAGAGGCAAGAAGGCAGAUGAGGCAGCUGCGGAAGGAGAAAAUGACUCAGCUUCUGCAAAGAAAGCAAAGAAGAGCAAGGAACCCGAGCCUGUUGUUCUGUAUGAUGAUCCUCCUGACAAAUUGACCAGUAAGGAUGGCAAAGAUGCCAACUUGAAAAUCACCUCCUGGAACGUUGAUGGGCUGAGAGCCUGGGUGAAAAAGAAGGGCCUGGAUUGGGUGCGUGAGGAGGCUCCAGAUGUUUUGUGCCUACAGGAAACAAAGUGUGCAGAGAAGGACCUUCCAGCUGAUAUCACAUCUAUGCCUGAGUACCCACACAAGUACUGGGCUGUGUCAGAUGAUAACGAGGGUUACAGUGGUGUAGCCAUGCUCUCCAAGACAGAGCCCAUCAAAGUGACAUAUGGCAUUGGCAAAGAAGAGCAUGACAAAGAAGGCCGUGUCAUCACUGCUGAGUUCCCAAAGUAUUUCUUGGUGACCGCCUAUGUACCAAAUGCUGGCAGAGGCCUUGUGCGUCUAGAUUACCGCAAAACCUGGGACGUGGACUUCCGUGCCUACCUGAGCGACCUGGAGAAACAAAAGCCACUGGUGCUGUGUGGGGAUCUCAAUGUGGCACAUCUGGAGAUUGACCUGAAGAACCCCAAAGGGAACAAGAAAAACGCAGGUUUUACCCCAGAGGAACGCGAGGGCUUCAGCCAGCUGCUGGCAGCCGGUUUCACCGAUAGCUUCCGAGAGCUCUACCCUGAGCAGACCAAUGCCUACACCUUCUGGACCUACAUGAUGAACUCCCGUGCCAAGAAUGUGGGCUGGCGGCUUGAUUACUUUUUGCUGUCAUCUGCUCUGGUGCCAAGCCUGUGUGACAGCAAGAUUCGCAACAAGGCAAUGGGGAGUGACCACUGCCCCAUUACUCUACACCUGGCUAUGUAGAUUACUGUCUGACUCGUCCUCCCUGAACCAAUUGUGUAUUACCUUGGAGCUAGACGGGCUAGAUUCAGUAGUAGUUUUUUGUUUAAGUACAGGUUUCGCUCUUAAUUCCCAUAAAUACAUUUUUCACCUCAUCCAUUGUAUUUGAAGAUGGCAAACCAAGCAAUGUGCAACUGAAAUCCUUUGGCUAUUGUAAAGAUGCAACACUAAAUUUAAAUGACUAAGCUGGACUUCAAUGACCCUGUCUUGUCUGUUCUACUGUUGGCCUGAGUCUAAGCCUCCAAGCCAAAGUUUUCUUUGUUACUGUUUGAAGUUAAAUCACUGUGGUAAAAAGAAAAUGUAACAUGUUCUCAC